AUGUUGAUGCCAAAGCAAGAAAGAAACAAAAUCCACCAAUACUUGUUUCAAGAAGGUGUUGUCGUCGCCAAGAAGGAUUUUAACCAAGCCAAGCACGAAGAAAUUGACACCAGGAACUUGUAUGUCAUCAAGGCUUUGCAAUCCUUGACUUCCAAGGGUUACGUCAAAACCCAAUUCUCAUGGCAAUACUAUUACUACACCUUAACUGAAGAAGGUGUCGAAUACUUGAGAGAAUACUUGAACUUACCUGAACACAUUGUCCCAGGUACCUACAUUCAAGAAAGAAACCCAACUCAAAGACCACAAAGAAGAUACUAA